GCGGGCCAUGCGGCGCUUCUUGCACCCGCCCGGGCAGCUUUGGCGAGUGUCGCGCUUGGGUGAGGCGGGAGCCUGGCGGUGUGGCUCGCUGGCCGCUGCAGCCUCUUGCCUGGGAGGCAAAAGCAUGGAGGAGGCUCCGGUCCCAGAGCUCGGCGAGCGCGGGAGCUCCCUUCCGCCGGCCAAGAAGCCGCGGCUGCUGCUGGAGGCGAAGCGCGAGAAGCGGGCCGGGCUGCCCGAGGAGGGCAAGGGGCGCUACGUGCCGCCUCCGAAGAAGCGGAAUCCGGGCGUCAGCUUCAACGAGGUUCACUUCGCUGAGACCAGCUACUACUUCGAGGGCGGCCUUCGCAAGGUGCGGCCUUACUACUUCGACUUCCAGAACUACUGCAAGGGCCGCUGGGUGGGCAAGAGCCUCCUGCACGUCUUUGACACCGAGUUCCGCGCCCAGCCUCUCGAGUACUACCAAGCCGCGGCCAAAGCUGGCCGCCUGCGGCUCAACGAGCAGCCCGUGCGGGACCUUAACGUCAUCCUCAAGAAUAAUGACUUUCUGAGGAACACAGUACACCGCCAUGAACCGCCUGUCACAGCACAGACUAUUGAGUUUCUAGAAGAAAAUGAUGAGGUUGUGGUUGUAAACAAACCUUCAUCUUUACCAGUCCAUCCAUGUGGCAGAUUCAGGCAUAAUACCGUCAUCUUUAUUUUGGGUAAAGAGCAUAACCUGAAGGAGUUGCACACCGUCCAUCGGCUCGAUAGGUUGACAUCAGGUGUCCUCAUGUUUGCCAAGUCAGCUGAGGCAUCCAAGAGGAUUGAUGAGCAAGUGCGACAGCGGCAGCUGGAGAAGGAAUAUGUAUGCCGUGUUGUUGGAGAAUUUCCUGAAAAUGAGGUGAUCUGUGAAGAGCCCAUCAUGGUUGUAUCUUACAAAGUGGGUGUCUGUCGAGUGGACCCUAAGGGUAAAGUGUGUAAAACAGUCUUCCAGAGGCUCAGUUACAAUGGCAAGACUAGUGUGGUAAAGUGUUACCCUUAUACAGGACGAACCCAUCAGAUCCGUGUUCAUCUACAAUUUUUGGGACACCCAAUUGUGAAUGAUCCUAUCUAUAACACCGAUGCCUGGGGUCCUGAGAAGGGCAAAGGUGGAAAUCUCAAUAAAACUGAUGAGGAGCUGCUUCGGGCAUUGCUGGAGGAACACCUUUCGAAACAAAGUCUGAGUAUCUUGGACAUUGCUGAGGAAGACCUGAAACCUAUCACAGAAGAUAAUGUGCAGGAGAGUCCAGGGAAUUGUGUUAAGCCCAGACAGGCCACUCUUGUAAAUGUCAAUUCUGGCAGUACUGAAGCAUUGAAGGAUGUGUCUGAGAGUGAAACAUCCGUGUGUUCUCAGGACUUGGUCCCCCAAGUCCAGAUGUGCAGGACAGAGAGUGGUGAAAUGUGUUCAGCUGAGCAGCCAGAUGAUAAGGAUCCUCUGUGUGCAGAAUGCAAAGUAGUGAGGCCAGACCCAUCACCCAAAGAUCUGGUGAUGUAUCUCCAUGCUUUACGCUACAAGGGAGCAGAGUUUGAAUACUGCUCCCAGAUGCCUGACUGGGCACAAGACGAUUGGGAAGAAACCUGAGAUUUUCAAAAUGUUUUGUAAAAAGAAGUGUAUAGUGUAUAUUUGAGAGAAAACGUUUUCCCAUCACUGUUCUUUUUAUCAUCAAGUGUAACUGAGGAAAGCAGACCUUUGAAUUAGUAUGAAAAAGCCAUUAAAAACUAAAUGCCUUGUUAGGUAGCUUUUACAUAUGUUUUACAUAUUUAGGAUCUUUUUAUUGCCAACAAUAAGCUUUGAAGAUGCAAAAAAAGAGCUUCUUAUCAGACAAUACUGCUCUUAAUUUGAAUUAUUAUUUCUAAAGUACUUAAAAUGUAAUGUGCUGUACAGAGAUUAAAAAACUUAUCCCUCCUUGAA